AUGAAUGCCUCCCCACUUUUUGCUCCUCCGGGUCGAGCUGGCAAACAUGGUAAAGCAAUCACGUUCCUCACUCAAGAUGACACGGCCGUCUUUUACGACUUGAAGCAGGUUCUCCUCGAAUCGCCCGUAUCUUCAUGCCCACCGGAGCUUGCGAAUCAUGAAGCAGCACAAGGGAAGCCAGGACAGUACACUUCAAAGAAACGACAGGAUGAAACACUGUUCUUGAAAUAA